AUGAUUAGAAGUCCUGAUUUGGACUCCUUCGUGUGUUGUGCUGCAUGUUCAAAGAUAAUACCACUGCCACCUUCCAAUGCUACUUUGGAUCGGCUUCGGGAGUAUAAGCCUUUCAUAACACGGUAUUACACUCAUCGUGAUAUACUGGAGAUUGGAGCACACAUUGAACAAGAAAAACAUGAAAAGAAGGAGGCAGAGGUACGAGAGUGCAUUGACAAAAUGAAAGCUGAAAUUUGGUCUCAGGCUGAAACACUCAAGGAAGAUGCAGUGGAAAAAGCCCUCAACAAAGCAGCCGCUAAACACAGUGUAUUGGUACAAGACCUUCAAAAAAAAUUUGAAAAGAAAUUAAGGGAGGAGAUGAGGAAGGCAAAGGCAGAGAUGCAGCAGUAUGUGGAAGAACAGCGGAAGAGAGAGGCAGAGGCUGCAGAGCAACGCAUGGCUCACCGACUUGAGAGGAUCCUUAUGGAGUGUGCCCGGGACAAGAUGCAAGCAGUGGCCAAAGCCAGAAAACAGGAGAGGGAGGCUGCCUUUCAGGAAGCAGCCAUUCUGCACAGAAAGUGCUUAGAACAACUCGAAGAACAAAGUAGGUUAGCUGAGGAACAAUAUCAUAAGAGUAUAGAGCAAUUAAAAAAAGAAAAAAUUUGUGAGAUUCAUAUUGCCUGGAGUAUCAUACAAAAAGAGAGUGAGACUGAGACUGAGACUGCAAAACAGCCCGAAGAAGCAGAGACUUUACAGGCUGGUGAACUGGAAGAAGUAAUGGUUAUGCUGAAAGCAGCAGAAGAACAGGUAAAGACUCUCACACAAAAACUGGAGAAGAUGACAGAAUGGAAGGACAGACUGGAAAACGAAAUACAAGCAACAAGACAAACCUUUCAAAGGUAUAUUGAUGUCACAUUUCCUAACCUGUCCCCUGGACAAGCAGAUUUUAUUUUGCCAUUCAGGGAAGCAUUUCAGCAGAAGGACACCCCAGAAGCAUCAGAGGACAGUGACAGUAUAGGAGAACUAGUACCAGAAGUGUGA